CCCAGAGGGGUCACCGAGGGACUCCACCGGGAAAGCUCAGACCCAUGCUCCUCCCUUUAUGUUGGAGGCGAUUUCUAAGCUGACUAUUUACGUGUGCUUUAUCCGUUUUCCAUUUUAAAUGAAUUUUCCUUUCACCCCAGAAAGACAGGACGGACUCCAGUGUGAGAAUGGCGGUGACUUUGGAAGAAGCUCCGUGGCUGGGCUGGAUCCUAGUGAAAGCCCUGAUGAGGUUUGCCUUCAUGGUCGCCAACAACGUGUUUGCUAUUCCAUCCUACCUCUUGUAUGUGCUCAUCCUUCAGCCUCUUCGAGUGCUGGACAGUCAGCUCUUCUGGUAUAUUGAAGGAAUCAUGUUUAAGUGGCUUUUAGGAAUUGUGGCUUCUUGGGGAUGGUAUGCUGGAUAUACAGUGAUGGAAUGGGGGGAAGAUGUCGAAGCAAUUUCAAAAGAUGAAGCAGUGAUGCUGGUGAAUCAUCAGGCAACGGGCGAUGUGUGCACGCUGAUGAUGUGCCUACAGGACAAGGGACUGGUUGUUGCUCAGAUGAUGUGGUUGAUGGAUCAUAUUUUUAAGUACACAAACUUUGGAAUUAUUUCUCUAAUUCAUGGAGACUUCUUUAUAAGACAGGGAAAAUCUCAUCGUGACCAACAGCUACUGCUUCUCAAGAAGCACCUAGAAAACAAUUACAGGAGCAGAGAUCGAAAAUGGAUUGUGUUGUUCCCAGAAGGGGGCUUCCUCAGGAAGAGGCGAGAAACAAGUCAGGCAUUUGCCAAGAAAAAUAACUUGCCCUUUCUUACACACGUCACCCUGCCAAGGAUUGGGGCAACAAAAAUUAUUUUGAAUACGCUUGUAGCACGCCAGGAAAAUGGAGCUCCAGCAGGAGGAGAUGCUAAAGAACUAGACAGCAAAUCACAAGGCCUCCAGUGGGUGAUAGAUACUACCAUAGCUUAUCCCAAAGCUGAACCGUUAGAUAUUCAAACCUGGAUCCUUGGCUACCGGAAACCAACAGUCACACAUGUGCACUACAGGAUCUUUCCAAUUAAAGAUGUACCCCUGGAGACUGAGGAUGACCUUACUGAUUGGCUGUAUCAACGGUUUAUUGAAAAAGAGGACCUUUUAUCACAUUUUUAUAAAACAGGAGCUUUUCCACCUCCCAAGGACCAUACGGAAGCUGUUUCCAGGGAGAUGACCCUCAGCAAUUUGAGGCUGUUUCUCUUACACUCCUUUACGUUUUUGUCAGGCUAUAUGUGGUACAACAUCAUUCAGUAUUUUUACCAUUGCCUGUUUUAGGAAUUGACUCAGCAAAGUCACCAUAGGAGUUCAGACUUUCAUAAAUGUACAUUAUUUUUCAUGUGCAAAUCAGAUUAUAAAAAAAAAAAAAAAAAGCAAAGAAAAUUCAAUGGAUGGAUUAAUCCUUAUCCCCCUUUGGGAUAUUUUAAAACUCUACUAAAAUGAAGAUCAGUAAUAUAAUGACCUGCUAAUAUAUUUUAAGAACUUUUCACGUUUUAAAAAGAUGCACUCUACCAUACGUGUAAGCAAACAUCGUAUUUGGAGAAAAGGAGACCAUUAUUAAAUCAUCCUAGAAGACUGAGAGAAAUUCUGUUGCCACCAGAUAUACUUGAUAAUUUCGUUCAAGCUCAGAAAGUCGUAUUCGUUGCUCUUAGCUGGUAGUCUGUACAUCACCAGUGCUCUGGAGAACACUCGUUUCUACCAGCUCUCGUGCUGUGUUGUAGGGACCUCGAGGGGAGCCGCUGGGCACCUUCUGGAGAACUGUUUCCCUGUCAUUUGUGGUAACAAACUCUAAUCCUCAACAGCUAGGUGGGGUACAGUUUUAGGCAUUUUCUGUCAGGGGUCGCGGGGCAGGAGCAAUGUCCAUUGAGCAUGUUCCGGUACUAAUGUGUUCUUUGAAAGUCCCGCCCAGGCUAGCUCAGUCCACCACCAUGUCUCCAUGCGCUAGUGCUUCCCUGUAAGAGGGGCUCACUUUGGUCUGCCUUCUCAUAGGCUGGUAAUUGUCUUUUACAAAACGCACUUUGAUAAGAUGCAGAUAUAGUGAAGGAUUAGUAAUAGAGUCUAAAAAAAACAAAGCGUAGUCAGGAUUCUUGAGAGGCUGACUUGUCUCUUCACAUUUACUUGCGUGCUGGUGCUCUCCGACCCACCCUGCACUGGGCACCUCCCCUGUGAUGUGAUAGUUGUAUUUAUAGCACAGAGCCUUUUUUUUUCCAUUUUAACAUACUAGCACGAAAUGCAUUUGGGGAUGGUUGAAACAAAUUAAUGCAGAACAUCUAAAUGAUCAGUUUGAGAAGAAAUGGGCUAGUUUAUUAGGAAAAAAAAAAAAAAAACAGAGCCAGGCAGUUGAUUUAAAAUGGUUACAGGUUCUUCUGUGGCACCCCAGAACCUGUGCAGACAGUGCUCUGUUCCAGCAUCGGGUCAAGGAGCUGCCAGUCUCAGGGUACACGCAGUCAGGAGAUGGGCCAGCACAAAAGGCUUCUCAGUCUCUUCUAGUUACUUUUGAAGAGGAUAAAGUCAAGUUUCGAUUUCUAGAAAAUAAGAGUUUUCUGUAUUUGUCACUGUGUUGAUGUGAUUUACCUCAUGGGCGAACCAAACUCUUCUCAAACAGCAGUGCACUUCAUCCGUGCGUAACCUGUGCUCCCAGGGCUGAGACGCGUGUGCUUCUCGGUCUGGGACUGUACGACUGUUAAGACCCUAGUAAGCCAAUGAUAGUUUCCUGUAAUAUGCACACUGUAGAUUCCCCUGUUGUCUCUAAUCACACAAAUAACAACUUGGAGAAGUAAGCUAUAAAAUAAAAAUAAAGGCUAAUAUUUUCCAUCUUUAAAUAAACCAAAAAAACUGAGAAGAUGUGACUUUUCCCUAGUUACGUGGGAAAGGUAAAGCAACACCAAAUAAAAGCCCACAGCAGCCUCCCCUGUUGAGCUAACUCAGUGCACACAGGAAAGAGAAGGAAGCAUCCCUUGAAAUACCUCACUGAACAGGACGCUACUACUGGGAAGCUGCAGAUGCCAGUGUUAAUGUGCUUGGUUUGGUCCUGUUUGUUGUAAGAUGCCAUUUUUUUUGAAAUCUGAGCAUUUCAUUGCGUGCCCACCUAGAGUGGCAGUUGUAUAAGAGACACCAGUCUUAAUUCAGAGAUGUGGAUGAUGAUGAUGGGAAGCCAGACAGAAACUUAGAGAUGCUUCUGUUUGAGCCCAGCAAACACUAAAUCACACCACUAAAUUAAAAGGUAAAUUUGAAAUCGUUCAUUUGAGAGAUUAGUCAGCUAUCGGGGGAUGAGUUGCUCCCUGUCAAGUAUGGCUUGCACAGUCCUGGCUAACAGACCUUUUCUUCAUUGCUAAAGCAAGCCACAAGGUGGAGUGGCCAGUCCUGCUGUCAGACAUACAAACGUGCCUAUGUAAAUGUGGGUUAGGGCCCCUUCUGCCAUCACCGUGCUCCAGAGGCACUUGCUAAAUACACUGUAUACGUUAAGCACGUGACCCUGUAAGAUGCUUUGCUUUUCAGGCCCAGUAUCAUUUCAGCUGUCUCUAGACAGAUACCAACAGAUGGGAGUUAAAAAACAGACCUGUGAGCUGUAAAUAGAUGUGUGUUUGAUCAGCCCUCUCCCUCUUUUGAUUCUUUUAUCAACAUGUUCUUUCUCUCCUACUUGCAAAAUGUUUCCUUGAGACCAUUGAUGGUGGUUUCCUUGUCAGUAUCUAGAGUUCUCCUGCUCACACUAGGGAGAGAGAAUAGUGUUCUUCACGGGGCUGUCUGAGGAAGCAGUAGCGUGCACAGAAGUGAGUACAACUCCCAGUGCGUGCUUUCUUUGUUAAGGGAGAUGAAAGGAGACCUAAAGGAAGAUAGACGUUUUAUCAAGGGGGAAGAAAAGAAACCUGUCAGUUUUACACUAGUAGCUUGUAGAAUCUCAGCACUUCUCAGUCUCAGCUGGUCUGCCCAGCUUCUCUCAGCAGAAGGGUUGAGAACUUGUGGCUGGAGUCCUAGUAUCAAGAGGUACCUGUAAUGGGAACAUCUGCUUGGCCAUGGCAGGUCCAGUGACUACAAAAGUGACAACCCAGCAGUUCACUGUUUACUUCAGAAACAGUUAUUGGUGUUAAAAUAUACACACAUUGUGGAGAAACCUAUUACCAAUGAAAGUAAAGAGAAACGAUAGAAUGAGAAAUAAUGUUUUGGGUGGGCAAAUUAGUGGAGAAUCUAAAUAGCAGAUUUGAAAAAAGAUAGCUGUGAGUUCAAAUCUGUCCUAUUAUUAAAGUAGUUUUCAGUAUUACAACCAACCAUUAAUUUUCCACAGUAAAGGUACUAGGAUUAAAGGAAUUAAUCCAGUAAUCAUAAGUAAGCCAAAAAUAUAAUUUUAUUUAGGAGUUUGAAUUUCUAUUCUCAUCAGACUUUUCUUCUAGGGAUGCUUACUUGUUAAAAAAAUGAUUUGAAUUGUAUAUUAAUUUCUCUUGCCUAUGUAUUUGUGACUGUGUCAAUGAGUAGAGAAAUUAUAUGGAAAGAAAGACAUACAGGUAUGAGGAAGAGGAGACAAAAAGCCUGAAUAAUCCACAGGCUAGAAAAUGGGUCCUUGAGUAAUCAAGAGUUGACGGUAUUGAAAUUGUUCUCAAGCCGUUUUAGGGAAAUGAAAUCUUAAAUCACCAAAUGGAAACCUCAGAACAUCGUCCAGGUUAAUGUGGUUUGUGCUGAUGUUAAGAAUGCCUGUUGGUUCUUUGCUCACAUCACCAACUACGUGUGGAUUUGUCUUGGUAACUGUUUUGACAAUCACUUUCCUAACCAGUUCUUCUGAACCAGUUGGACAUGGUUAGAAUCGUAGAAAGUCAUCUUCAAUCAUGAGUAGUCUUAUUGGAAUCAGAAAUCUUUUUCUAUUUAAGAAAAUGUUUUAUUUGCACUGCGGAAUAGGAAGAGUUGGUUGUUCUCUUCUUCUUCUUUUUUUUUUUUGAAAGUCAUUACACAGGACUUCACUCCAGAGUUAUCCUGGGAGUGUGUUCAGCUCUGGCCCACAAAGGAUGGAUAAAAAUGCUUUGUCUUGUUAUUGUUUUGCCAUGCAGUGCCGUCAACCUGAGGUCUGUUCACAUGGAAAGCAAAGUCACAAACAGCACCGGGCAGCAGGUAUACUGGUUCAGUUUAUGAGGGGUAGAGAUGAAAGUUUUUGGGACCAAAACCACCUACACUGGAAAUUUCUAGAUCACAAGGGGCCGAGUGUUCUCUGGAGCAGUCAGUCACUGGUUGGUGCUUUGUUCUACUCAUUGUGCGCCGAUCCCCAACAAUUAGGAACUGAAUCCUGGGAACAAGCUGAGGGUGCUGAAGUGUUGCGGGAGGGUGACUGUAGCCAUAUGGAAGAUAAAAUAUGGGUUUCUCUGCAGAAUUUCCACUUGAGGAUUUUUACAUUUACCAUUUUUUUAAAAACGGUUUAAAGGUCAAAAGUUUUUUAAAGUAUAUUCUAAUUGCAAAGUAUGACACCUUACUUUUAAGGUGUGAACUGUUGAACACAUGACUGUAGUGCACAGUCUUUACAUGGAAGAAGUCUUCAUUUUAUAGUAACUUAUUUUAUUGUUGGGUAAUGAAACAGUUACACAUUGAACUGCCAUUGUUUGUAUCAGUGCUUUCAUCUUCUUUGCAGUUAUACAAGUUGUAUUUAUUUUAUACAGUGGAUCUUGGUUUUCCUGAUGCCUUAUGUUUACUUCGGCUUGGUGCCCUCUCCUUCCUUGUGUAUCUGCAUGUCCUAACGUAUGAUCAGAAUGAAUGUAAAGGCUGUGGCAACUGUAAUGAAUUUUUGUAAAGGGCUGGUCACACAUGGAUCUGGUUGAUGAAUGCAUUUGCAGUUGUUUUAGUAACCAGGUCACCGUUGUCAGAAAUUGAGAUGUACACACCAAAAGAAGCAUUUUCUCAACAAAAAUUAAUAGCUGGUUCUAUUUUUUUUUAACCCUGAAAAAAUAAAGUUGAUUUUUUUUUUUUUUU